CUGGUUGCACUCCAUCCAUCACAGCAACAUUGAGAAAUCGGACGCAGUAUGCCUUACACUAACAACUAUAAGCCGCCGGUGACGGACGUCGAGACCAACUGCCAUCUCGCGACGAAGCCUGAGGACUACGACUUCAACUUCAUGUUUGAUGUCAAGCCGCUGCGCUCGGAUCGCGUCGAGUUGCGGCCGUUUGUGCCCUCGCUGCACGCCCAGCCGCUCCUCGAGGGUGUGCAGGCCAACCCAGAGAUCGUGCACUGGCUCGGCCUCCCCGACGACUGGAAGAGCGUCGACGACGUCUGUCGAUGGUGCGAGUUGACCGGGCGCAGCAACCCCGGCAUGCUCCGUAUGGCCAUCUACUCUGCUCCGCUAGACCGCCUCGAUGCUCCUGUCGACGACUACGUGUUUGCAGGCACAGCAUCGUAUCUCGAGUCCAACUACGACAACAUGAUGAGUGAGAUUGGAUGGAUCUGCAUCCUCAAGCCGUUCCAGCGCACACACGUCAACACACACAUGGUCGGACUCAUGAUGCACCAGAUCCUGGAUCUGCCGGAGGACGGCGGCUGGGGCCUGCGCCGCUGCCAGUGGAAGGCAAACAGCCUCAACAAGCCGUCUCACGCCGCUGCUCAGCGCAUGGGAUUCACUUAUGAAGGCACACUGCGCGCGUUUGUCGUCCUCCCACCCAACCGCGAGGGUGCGGCAAAGGGUCGUCCGGGCGUCCGCGGGGAGAACCGUAUGCAGCGCGACACGUGGAUGGCGAGCACGACGUGGCAGGAGUGGGAGGGUGGUGUUCGCAAGCACGUUGACAAGCUCAUGGCUCGAAGGUAGCUCCAGCGACGGGCACGGUAGAUCAGAUAAUGCGCUCUAGACAAGUGAUGAGAUAUCGUCAUGUUUGG